CCGCUUCCGCCCCCAAGGCGCCAGGAGGCAGAGCUUCGUCUACUUUCUACUUUCGUUUCCCAGGAAUCGGCGUUGUUUCGACCGCCCUCAGCUGGCCUAUUACUGCCGGGACCGAACCUGAACGCAUCGCCGGGAUGGCUGUGGCGCUUCAGAGCGACCGAGGCUGCGUUUUGGACGCACGGCCGCUCCUCGACGGAGCGUAUUCGCCGUGCGUCCGAUGGAGAGGUGCACAGAAGUCACGCGUGAAAUGUCGAUUUAAGUGUUUUCAAGUUUCAAAGAGUCAUUUCAGCGCGAAUGCCGCCGAGGGGGGCGGAAACGCGGACAUGUCGCGGGAAACAGUCAAACCCACAAAGAAAAGGAAACGAAAGCACAGCGAACUCAACCACGGUGAAAUUGAUUCUCAAAUCUUUCAUGAGAAGAUCAGGCCUGUUAUUCUGGAAGGAGCCAGUUCCUUGGUGGAGUCGGCCCGGUCGCUGGGUUACCUGACUGGAGACACGGAGCCGCCGACGGAGCCUCCUCCCUCCCGGGAGUGCGGCCUCGCGGCGCUCUGCGGAAUGGCUAAAGAACUUCCUGUGGCGGAUGCCGAGGAGUGGGCCGCCGCUCAGCCGCUCGUCGCUGAGGACGGCUGCACGUCGCACGUCGACCUGUUCUCCCGUGUGACGGAGAACCGGGCAGCCUGGGCUUCGGUGGUCACGCUCAUGGGAGAGGAGUAUGUUAUACCUCCUCACACGGCCUUCCUGCUCUCUGAUUUCACAAGAAUACAACCACUAGUUCAAUACGGAGUGACGUUCGACCUCAUUGUUAUGGAUCCUCCUUGGGAAAACAAGUCCGUGAAACGGAGCCGCAGGUACAGCUCGCUGCCGUCGUCCCAGCUGAAGCGGCUUCCGGUGCCGCUCCUGGCGUCUCCCAGCUGUUUAGUGGUCACCUGGGUGACGAACCGGCCCAGCCACCGGCGGUUCGUCCGCGACGAGCUGUACCCACACUGGGGCGUGGAGGUGUUGGCGGAGUGGUUCUGGGUCAAGGUCACCACGUCCGGACAGUUUGUGUUUCCACUGGAUUCACAGCACAAGAAGCCGUACGAAGUGCUGGUGCUGGGCCGGUAUCGCUCCUCUGCAGACACCACAGCAGGCCAACCGGGGACGUCCGAGGUGCCGGUGGAGGAUCAGCGUCUGAUCAUCAGCGUCCCAUCGGCCCUGCACUCCCAGAAGCCUUCACUGUCAGAAGUCUUGAAACCAUACGUUGGAGCGGAGGCCAAGCGCUUGGAGCUGUUUGCGAGGAGCCUCCAGCCUGGAUGGACCAGCUGGGGCAACGAGGUGCUCAAGUUUCAGCACGCUAGCUAUUUUACCUUGGCGCCUGCGGACGAUCGGGCAGACGUCGGUCAAGACAACAGCAGAAGCUGAUCUGCAGUCCGCAGUCGCUGCGCACCAGUAACUGAACUCUGACACCUCCAACAUCACUGUUUUCACUUUUUAUUCCUUUUAAUAAUGAUUCAGCUGUAAAAUAUUUCUUCACCAGCCUCUUUUGAUCUGCUCUCCUCAUGUAUGUGGGACCUUUGAUAUCGUUCUUCGGUCGGGCUGCGUUUGCUGAGGUAGAAACACAAGUCCGAUGAUGCUCUCGGAGAGAUGAAAGUGCAUUUCUGUGCAGCUGUUCUGAACCCAACUUCCCAAUGCGGCAGUCACAUAAACAACACUCAAGGUUUUUUUAAAAACUCGCCUUUUGAGUAAUCUUUGGCACAACAUGCAUCUUAAGGAUGAUCAAAGUAUUUCUAUUUUUACUUACUCGAUGCUCUUUUGAGGCCGAGUUACAAAAUGUUCCCAAAUCCUAAUGAAAGAAAUACUUUGAUAUAAAAAUCCAUUUUGGAUAUCUUAUCCGUUUUUUAAAGGAGUUUUUAUAAGGUUUUUCAUUUGGACAACACAUUGAUCUCGCUCCUUUUCUACUUUUUGUGCGAUCGAGGACACCCAGUCCUAUCCUUGCCAACGUCCCUGAAUUCCCUUUGUUCCCGCCGAAAGAUGAACUUUUUCCCGCGCCACACUUCUGGCUGGCUAACCUGCCGUCUCCCGUUGGGUGGGGCCGUCUCUAAUGAGCCUGGAGGUGUUGUGCGGACGUGGAGGAUGAGUUAUGGCCGCUGCAGCGCGGCGCACAUCACAGCUAAUGAAGCCGGAGCGUGACUCCGGCAGGAUCGCUCCCGCCUCACCUCGUCUGCUCUCUGCCUCCCGCUCCUCGGCGAUCCUCCAUUUAUAUUAUAUACUGGAUGUACGUAUGUGGAAUUUGACACCAUAAUUCUCACUGAUGACUUUCAAAUUCAGUCAAAAACGGUAAUAAACUGAUAAGCGGACAAACUCCUCGGUGUAGUUCUAUUUAGUCUGACAAGGAAAAAGAAAAAUCUGACAGUUUUCUGAAACAUGUGUUGGCCUUCAUCAUGAUGCCAAGUUGUCAUGGAGAUGUUGUAGUGGUUCCACUUCGAAUACUCAUAUAUAUACAGGAGGUCGCAGCUCCCAUCACGCUCUGAAGACACACGGUUCACUCAUACACAGUAAAAUUCAAACUGCAGCAAAUAUUUUUAGAGAAAUGUUUUCCUUAAUUGUUUUGCACAUGAUGCUUUUUUUUUUUUUAAAUUUGCUACCCUCACCCUUUAUCAUCUAUUAAUAGUAAUGAAUUUUCAGACAUCUGCAGUGCACAGAAACCUGAAUGCUGUGUUCUAGUACAAUAUUCAGUACGUUUUAGGUCAAAAUAUUUCAAAAUAUCCACAUUUGAGACACGGGCUUGUCAAAGUAUAAUGGAGUGUGUUCAAAUGUUGGGAGUAAAAGUGGAAAGCUGUUAAAAAAAUAUUCAAUGAAGAACAGAAUCACAAAGUAUAACCACUUGGUUAUGGGCCUUCAGCUCACAGCAUGUGGUUCCUUUCUGGAGUUGUUAUUUUGAUUAAAGCAUUAUCAGUGGCUGGCGAGGCGUUCGAGGGGCUCGUCCAUAUUCUGAUUUCCUCAUAAUCUGUUUCCUACCUUAAGAUAUUGAGUUGCUGUAGUGUCCAGUUCCAUUCUCAGUUCAAUAAAAGAAGAAGAGGGAGCAGGUUCAGUCACCGACUGACGUUGAGGACUGACACUUUUGACAGCUACGAAUGGAGAAACACUCGUCUUGUAGCUGCUGGCCGAAACGCGACAGACCCUCACCUACAUUUUACAUAUCGUGUUGUUUGUACAGCAGAGUAGACCUGCGGUUUUGAACACCAUGAACCGUGUGACUGAACAGGAGGACAAAAAGCAAGGAUAAAGCCGUCUGUUCAAUUACAUUUAGAGUAUUUUCUGUUUGCCAAACAACAGCCGUCCUCCAUGCAAUCGACGCCUGCAGACUCAAACCCAUUAGGAAGCCCAGUGACGUGGUGGGGCUGGAAAUGGACUGUUCAGGUGGUCUCAGAGAGGAGGAUCCGGUCCAGACUGAGCAGUUUCUCACCCCUCCAUGAAGUCCUGGUCAACCGGAGGAGCUCCUUCAAUAACGGGCUCACACCGCCGAUGCAUGGCGCCGAUUGAGUUUUUUUCUGUAUGGAACUGUUAGAACAAGUCCCCCUGGGAUUAAUAAUGUAUGAAUAUUCUAUUCUAUAAAGAAAGUCAUUGUUUUGACAUUAAAUGAUUAUGU